UUAUUCAAAAUGGCAGCGCUGAAAGAGACGCAACGUUGAUUUUUUCAGUUCCGACUGUUCCCUGCCCAAUGUGAAUAGAUUAGAAUUCAAUUGACAGUGAAUCCUGCGUCAUAUCGGUCAUAUCUCUACCAUUCUCCGCGGCUUAUAACCCUAGGUGCGUGAAGGCGUGGUCAAAAUGCCGCAGCACAGUCGACGCUCCUCGUCCUCGUCGUCGUCUUCAUCUUCGUCCUCCUCCGGAUCGGAACGCUCGCCUUCCGGCCGUCGUAAAUCGGGACCCAGUCGCGGGGGUGGUGCUCGUUCGUCGCGUUCCGCUGGUGGCACGAAAGGUGGUACCAGCGGCGAGGUGGCCUCGCUUCCGGCAACGUCCGCGGGCGGGAGUGGUCGGGGUCGCAAGCCCAAUCGGCGGCGUUCUCGGAGCUCGAGCUCCUCGUCCAGUUCGUCGCGAUCUAGUUCGUCGUCCUCUCGAUCGCGUUCCAACCGGCGAUCACGAUCCGGACGUCAAGACGAGGAUGACAAGCGGAAGAAGAAAUCGAGCACUUCGACGAAAAAACCUGAUGAUCGAAAACGUGAGGCCUCACGCGGAUCAGAGCCUCCGCCUCCAGGGGAAGAACUCCCUCCAUCCAUAAGUCAAGGGACAAAAGAAAAAGAAAGUGGUACCCAAGGCACGCCCCGAGAAGCCGCCCCGGUCGACUCGAAAUCUAAAGAUGUGGUAAAAUCUGAUGAACGGAAAGAAAGUAAAGAGCGAUCUCGCCAUCGGGAUUCCACUCGAUCGCCGCGGAGGCGACGAAGUCGGUCCCGUAGCCGUAGUGUAAGGAGCGGUAGUGGAUCGGCCAAACGAACCCGGAAACGAACUCCCAGUCCCAAACCCAAAAAAGUUCACGUUUCUCGGCUGACACGGAAUGUGUUGAAAGGUCAUGUCCAGGAGAUAUUUGCCAAUUUUGGCACCAUCAAAUCGGUGGACAUGGUGAUGGAUCGAAACCGGAGUUGGCUUAGUCGAGGUGACGCCUACGUAGAAUACGAGGACCCCAAAGAUUGCGAGGAAGCCAUCAAGCACAUGAAUAAAGGACAAAUUGACGGUCAAGAAAUCACGGUGGCAGCUGUCUUGGUGCCUCUGCCCAAUCGUCAACGAUCUCCGCCUCGUGGUGGAUUUGGGGGACGACGCAGGAGUCCACCCGGACGAUUUGGUCGUGGGCCUCCUCCCAGACGACAGAGAUCACUCUCGCGCAAACGUGGGGGAAGUCCUCGCUUUGGUGGGGGUAGUUUGGGACGUAGACGUUCACGCUCACCGCCCCCACGGCGGUCACGAUCUCCGGCUAGGCGGUCCCGAUCGCCUCGAAGACAUUCACCCCGCCGUUCAAGAAACCGUUCUCCACGUAGAUCACCCCCAAGACGCCGUCGUUAUUCUCGUUCCUCUUCAUCUGGCUCCUCUUCAUCGCGUUAAAACUGGAAAUACUCCCAGUUGUUGAUUUGUUCCGCCUACCAUUCAGUUUAAAUAUGAGCCGUAAGUUUCAAAACCUUUUGCAACGGUAUUGUGAAUGUCAUGACAUGCUUUUGUGUGUACUACGUAAGCGAGAUCUCCCUCUGGAAAGUGUGGUAGUCGAUCAAUAUCGACGAAUGAGUGUUUUGUGGAAAAUAACAGCCCUUUCUGAUGAAACCCCGCUCA